UUGGGAGGCGAACGUGGGGCCCAUGGGGAUGCAACUGAAGUACAAUAAUUUUCUGAGGUUUUUUUUUAGAAAUGCGCCAUCUAGUGACGGAUGCCCCGUAACUUGGGUAUUUGUACUUCGUUUUAGUCACUAGAUGUCACUGCACCUUAGACCGAUAUUUCAUCGAUUUAAUAACAAAUCUAAAAAAAGUUUUGUGAUUAGAAAUAUUAACAAAUAUUGUAAUUAAAUAAUUUUAUGAUUUAUUUUUAAUUCUUUUUUAUCUAUGAGGACGUCUUAGUUAAUCACAAUAAUCACACUACUUGAAACCACUUGAAACACUGACGAUUGACAUUGACAGUCGACCAUACUUUUAAAUUAAACCGUUUUCCGUUUUCUAACGUGUUGGUUUAUUCUGAGUGUUAUUUUCUGGUUUUUUUAUUACGAUUGUUGCGUGUUCCUGGACUCUGAUACUGACUGCUUCUGUGAUUGACCUGGCUUCGUAUUUUGGACCUGUGAUCUACUGCAUUUUCAUUGACCCGGCUUUGUAUUUUGGAACCUCGAUCGACUGCUUUUACAUUGACCCGGCACCGUAUUUAGGACUAGAAAAUGCGUCCAGUGGAUCGUCUUAGGGGCGGAAUGCCAUCAACGUCAAGAUAUAAGUGCUACUUUGAUUGUGACAAUGACGGCCCAUUGCACCGAUUUCCUAAACCUGAAUACCCACAUUUGGAAAAGUUUAACUCGUGGAAAAAAGUACUAGAUAAAGCUUUACAAGAGAAAGGCGACAUCUACAUUUAUAACCAAAUUCGAUUUUGCGACAGACAUUUUGAAGAGUGUUACCGUUCAGCCAGUCACCGACUUACUCCAAAUGCAAUACCAACUCUAGAUUUAUCUACAUUACCAGUUGGUCAAACUCUUGAAGGUCCAUCGGGACAUGUCGAGGCAGACAUGUCGAAUUUAUUAAACAUUUCGCAAGAUAAACUUGCUGUCAUUGAGCCAUCCAGCUCUACCCACUAUCAUAGUGAUGUACAGAAUGCAUUACAGACAGCUGAACGCCCUAAAGGUUCUAGGAAAAGAGGGACUUGUCAAUAUUUAAAACGAGUCGUCACCUCAAAGAGAAGGAGAUAAUAAAGUUAAAACAGAAAGUAUUGAAGCUGAAAAAGAAAUAUAAGGAACAAAAUAACAAGAAACUCUCUGCAAGGAAAAUUUCCACAUCAAAAUCAUUUUGAAAGAGUUAAAUAAAAUGCCUGCAACAAUAAAAAUAUUUACUUCCCUCCAAAUGAAAUGGAAAAAGAAACCACGAGGCAGGCGAUUUACAUUUAACGAAAAAAUCAUGGCAUUGACCAUUUACAAACAGAGUCAGAAAGCUUACAACCUCAUGCGAAAAAUGUUUGUCUUGCCAUCAAAGCGCAGCCUACAAAAAAUGUUGAGUAAAUUUGAACUGAAACCAGGCUUCAAUCCUGAUAUAUUUAAAAAUUUAAAAGCUACAGUAGCAAAAUUGCCGGCAGAAAAAAAGUUGGUCAAUUUACUGUUUGAUGAGGUAUCAUUGGCUCCGGGUGUUUUUUACAACCCUGCCCUAAAACAGAUAACUGGUUUUGAAGAUUUUGGGCACAGACAAACAAAAAAACUCGCAGAUCAUGCCUUGGUCUUUAUGAUCAAGGGUAUAAAAAGCAAAGUGAAACAACCUUUAUGCUUUUCAUUUUGCCAA